AAAAUCGCUCUCCGCGUCUUCCCCCAUUUUGUUCUGCGUCAUUUCGUGAAGGACGCGUGGCUCUCAGCGUGGGUCAUCCACGCGGAACACAUUCGCGCUAUGUGAUUGGCUGUUGUCUAAUCCCCCUUGAGAUAUGUGGUGUUAAAAAUAACUCGAGACGAAUUACCUAUGGAAUAGGGUGUAUAUGGGGGAUGCCCUCUCUGUCCCCUUUAUAGUCUCUUGGUUCUAAACAAAAGGUAAAAGAAAAGUUAAGCAGACAAUUUAUUAAAAUAAUAUGAAGUAUCCUCCGUUAAAGAACUGAAAAUCUUGCAAUCAGGCCAACUUUGAUCAACCAAUCUCAAAUCAGUUCGGACAGACUGAAUAUUUCCGAAUUAGGAUGCCUCUUGUAGCCUUUACGCAAAAAGGAAAGCUAUACAUGCAGUUUUUUAUUACUCUGAACAGCUAAAAUUUGUUCUGUUUCAUUUUUUUUCUUUUUUCAUGUUUUCGGGUUUUGCGGUAGUCAGCGGAUUGCUUUUUGAACGGAUGGGUCAAAUCUUUUCAAGAUUAAACUUUUUUUUGUUAAAUUUGUUUUUCUUUAGAUUCAAUUUGAUUCUUUGACAAGAUGACUAAUGAUACCAUGACAAGGUUAAUUAUAGUUUUAUUUCCGCAUAGAGCUAUUUAUCAUAAUUGCGGCCUAUUAAUAUAUAUGCUUUUACAUAUAUGAAAAUUAGCCUUUCUGACCUUGUUAGCAUGUGCAAAAUACAAAAGAAUUCUGAAUUUCAAACGAGGCCAGAAAGACUAAUUAUCAGACGGAUAAAAGAAUGUAUUAAUAGGCCGCAAUUAUGAAAGAGGUCUAUACUUUGACUCAAAAAUGGGGAAAUGAGGAACUUAUAUCCUCAGCCACAUAAGAAAAUCACUUGCUCUUAAAUUGAUCCUUCGAAUUCGUCCUCAAAUAAUGUACAGGGAAAUUUUGGCUGGGUUUUCAGAGGCUUUGAGAAAAUGAGAUCCAAUCAAGUCAUGAAUUUUACACUCAAAUUUGAAUUUUAAUCUGCAAACGACAUAAAAAAAAAUGCUUUUAAGUGGUGGUUGGGCUACAAACGUUAAAGAAAACAAGACGGUGGAAUUUCGUGCCAACGAAGACUCAAUCAUAUCAGCGGAAAUUUUCUCAGCACUUAGUUUGCUUUUCCCUUAGCUUUAUCAGAUGAGUCAGAAGAUUCAAGAACAAGCGCAAAGUCAAAAAACCGGAGACAAGUUUUGAACGUGACCUCAGCAACCAUCAAUAUGAAUGACUUGCGUCAAGAAAUCACCAAACAGAUUGAACAACUAGUGCCCUCCAAGUACUGUAAGUCACAAGAGAGUUUAUGCCCUGCAGGUCCCCCCGGACUUCCUGGUCCCAUCGGUUCACAAGGACCACGUGGUAGGAGGGGACCUAGGGGAAAGAAAGGUAACCCAGGUAGCUUUGGACCACCUGAAAAAUAA